UUGAGGAUCGAUCAGUUUAAAUUGUUUUUUCGAUCAGGUCAGAUCUAAGUAUUCUAAAGUGUCGCAAGCUAAAAUGGCCAAUACAGAACCCACCAAAAUAACAAGCAUUUUCCCGAAGCGUCGCCAGGAUAUGUGGCGGUGGGAUGGUUGGGGUUACAAGGAUUCGCAACUCGCCUAUCGGAACGGUACGGUUACGUUCGUCGGGGACCGAUAUCCCCUGGCUGGAAGGCUGGACAACUUUCGUGAUUGGGUGUUUGAUAUGUUCAAGAUUCAUCCGUCCCAGACUAACGAAGCGGCCACACUUCCAACGGAGUUUCCAGAACCAAAGCGGAACGAAGAGUUUCUAGCUGCAUUGAAGGACUACGGAAUAGAUUUCUCAGAGGAUGGCAUGGACCGUAUCAUGAGAAGUCACGGUCAGACGUUGCAGGAUGUGCAAAAUAUGAGAGUUCACAAUUUCAAAAGACUUCCGGAUGUGGUUGUUUGGCCAGCCUGUCACGAACAGGUGGUGAGGCUCGUGAAGUUGGCGGAAGACCAUGACAUCGUCCUCAUUCCUGUUGGAGGAAACACCUCGGUUUCCCUCGCUUCAACAACACCACAAAUUUACGAUCGUACCAUUGCUGUGCUGGACAUGACGCAGAUGAAUCGCAUGCUGUGGAUUUCCAAGGAAAACAUGACAGCCUGUUUCGAGGUCGGCGUGAUCGGCCAGGACAUUGAGAGGGAAUUAAAUAAACACGGUUAUACUCUUGGUCAUGAGCCAGAUUCGCACGAGUUUUCCUCUCUUGGGGGGUGGAUCGCGACUCGUGCUUCCGGGAUGAAGAAGAAUCGUUACGGAAACAUCGAGGACAUUGUCAAACGUAUCAAAAUGGUUACGACUAAAGGUGUCUUGGAAAAACAGUUCACAGCACCAAGAUAUUCCAUCGGACCUGACUUCGACCAUGUGAUGUUUGGCUCGGAAGGAACUCUCGGGGUCAUCACGGAAGCAGUGGUUCAGAUUCGUCGUGUUCCGGAUGUACGCCACUAUGAGUCACUAGUGUUUCCCAAUUUUGAGUCUGGAGUUCGGUGCUUGCGAGAAGUAGCUGAGAAACGGCUUCAACCAACCAGUAUCCGACUGAUUGAUAACAUCCAGUUUAAAUGUGCUACUUUGCUCGAUCCAGCAGGAGGAGUUUUCACUGGCGUCAAAGAAUUUUUCAAAGAGUUUUACCUAUCGAAGUUGUGUGGAUUUGACAUUGAUCGUAUUGCAGCGGCAACGGUGAUGUUCGAGGGAGAUGCCGAAUCUGUGGCCAUUCAUGAAAAACAAAUAUUUGCAAUCGCUAAGAAACAUGGUGCCAUCAGAGGAGGGGAAAAGAAUGGCAAAAAAGGAUACCAACUAACGUUCGUAGUGGCUUACAUUCGGGAUUUUUGCUGGGACCUGAACAUCGUUGGAGAGUCGUUUGAGACAGCAGUUCCCUGGGACAAGUGUCUCACCUUGUACAACAACGUUCGGGCUUGCUUGAAACGGGAGUUGGCCAAACGUGGCAUUCAGUAUUACGCCAUUUCCGGUAGAGUCACGCAGAGCUACGAUUUGGGAUGCUGUGUGUACUUUUAUCUGUUGUUUAAACAUCUGGACGAUCCGGCCAUGUCGUUGAAAAUGUUCAUGGAAAUUGAAGACGCAGCGCGGGAUGAGAUACUGGCCUGUGGAGGAACUUUGAGCCAUCAUCAUGGAGUUGGCAAGUUAAGAAGCAAAUGGUAUCCGGCUGUGGUUUCCCAGGUUGGCGUUGGACUAUAUCGGGCAGUAAAGCAGGAGCUGGAUCCGAACAAUAUCUUCGCCGCUGGUAAUUUGUUAGGUGAAAAUCAGAAUGUCUCUAAAUUGUGAGGAGCAAACAGAGAAAAUUCGAUGUUUUUAGUUUUCAACUUUUGACCGAUGUUAUCUUUGUAAUUAUAAUCUGUCGAAAAGUGUGUGUUUUUAGUUUAAAUAUAUUAAAUCAAAAUUGUUAAAAUGAAAAAAAUCUUAGCUGGGCCCACCCACACUAAAUCUGAAACAAAUUCUUUUCAAUUUGGUGAAACUUUGGUCUAAAAAAUAAUUUGGCCUAUCAUCACGAAUCCGGAGCCGAUUCCAGAAAUUUUGUAGCUGAAAACUAUAUUAAGAAAAAAAGGUGGUUAAGGGAUGUUAUGAUAAUUUGCAAAAAACUCGAAAAACUUAUUUAACACAGAAAAAAGUGAAAACACCUCUGUAUUUUCUGUUUUUUGUCUACUGUAUAUUGAGAGACAUGGGAAAUUCAUAAUAAUUUUUAAAUCAGCAAUAAAACCGUUGCAAAUAUUUUACAAAGUUUAUGUCCCCCCCCCCCCCCCGCCCUCCCCCUCCAGGACCAGAACCCGUGGUAAAGGGGUAAGCGUGGUUGUCUCUCACCCAAUCGGUCUGGGUUCGAUCGCAGAAGGUCCCGGCAUUUUUUUUGUGAAAUUCCGAUGUACAGUGCAAUGCAUUUUUAAUCAAUUUUCUCAUUCAAAUGUUAACGCCAUGGCUUGUGACUUCAGUUAUUAUUCUUUUUUUCUAUUUUUCCGACAGUCAGAAACGAGGGACAUAAAGUUCAAAAAAUAUUUGCUACAGUCUUACUUAGAUAGGUUUUUUUUUUUAAAUUACGUAUAAUUUUCUAAAGAUUUGUGAUCAGGGAUCGCAAUUCCCCUUGGACAACAAUUUCACGAGAAUCGAAGAGGGUUCUGGACAACACCACACUACGGUGCAUUGGGUGGCCAAAGUUUAAAAAAGUGACCUUCUCCAAAUAUUUUUUGUUAUUUUUUUUCUCGAAAGUAAACAUUCUAACUAAGAAAAAUCGAAAUUUUCAAAGCUCUAAGUUUGCUCAUCACGAAGAUACGCAAGCUGAAAGACAAAAAAUGGGGUUAAAAAUUAGCGUUUUUUUUUUGUUAAAAAGCUCAUUUUUUAAUUUUAACAUAGCUCAGCUAUUUGAAACAUUAUAUUAGGACUUUCAUACAUCGUUGGAAAGGUUAUGGGAUAAGCUUUGAAACUAUAAAAAGAUAAAGUGUUGUUUCCAAACCAGAACUUGAUUUUUUUAGUGAAAAACUGGGGCAUUUUUUUGUUGAAAAAACGUGUUUUUGUGUUUUUUAAUCGACUAUUUUUUUGCAAACAUAAAACUAAGAUCACUUGAAAGAUUAGAUCUUAAUCUAACAUUGCUGAAAUUUUCAACCUGCGAUUUUUUGCGUAUUCGGAGAAAUGCCAUUUUGAAUAUUAACGUUUUAUCAAAAUUUGUUGCAAUCUUCAUAUGCGUCCG